AUGUUUCGACAGCAAGAACGCCGAAGACGUUUGCCAAGGCCGUACCGUGGACCACCAGGGAAUCAGCGACCGCGAGAAAGGUCUCCAUCGCAGGAGUCCUCGUCACGCGAGCCAGAAUAUUCAAGGCCGAAUGGCCUAAAUCAAAGGCAUCGAACCCCCGAAAGAGUCGUCAUCGCGGUCUGUGGAAUGACUGGCAGUGGAAAAUCUUCCUUCAUCCAAAAGGUGUCCGGGGAGCAGAUGAAGGUUGGCGAUGGGUUGAAGUCCUGUACGACAGAGGUCCAAGAAGUCUCAUGCCGAGUGGGUCGGCACGAGAUCACCUUAGUCGACACACCUGGCUUCGGCGACGACACAAGGAAUGACGUCGAUGUCUUGGAAGAGAUUGUUCGCUGA